CAGCAGUCAGCAAAGUCAGCCAGUUAGCCAGGCGAUCGUGCUGCGCUUUUGAUCUGCGCAUCUUUAAGAUACUCCGUUCAGUUGAGUUUCAGUGGUUGUAACUCAAGUGCGCGCGCGCGUUACGUUUGCUUUAUAUUUUUUUCGCACAACUCGCAACUCUAUUCGCUGUGCAUCUAAAACAAAAAUAUAUACAACUAACCGAUUCGGUUUCGGACUUUAACUUACGCCUAAACACAGCCGGUUUAGUUCAGUUUGAGUUUUGAGUUUUGCGCUGCGCUGUGUUUUUGGGCUCUGCACUUUUGCUCGCCAACGUUUUGACGACGGCAUUUCGACAAAUUUCGCGAAUAUCGGUUAAAGUAUCUCGAUCGCUCAUAAAGUUCUAUCAGAAACUGUUUACGUGCUUGUGCUCGCGUUACGAAUUGUAUAUUUAUCUAACUGAUCAGCUUGAUCAACGACACAACAGCAAAUAUAAAUGCCAAACAAUUAUGAAAAAGUGACCAAAAGUUGGUGAAUAAGUGUGAAUUGUUGAAACUACUGCGAAACAUUUACUAGUGAAGGAAUUAAAGUUUUUGUAAAGGUAGCUGCUGUGGUUGCUAUCUAUGUGUGUGUGUGUUUGUGUUUGUGCUGUAUGCUGCUGCUGUCACGUUUAGCUGUAAACAUUGAUUAUGCCAUUGUUGCUAGCAAACUACUAUCAGCAACAGCAACAGCAUCGACAGCAGGUUGCCAGGGCUAGGGCCAGCAUCAACGGCAUGUUACUUGAAUACAAAAACGCUUGCAACACAAAUCAAAGCAACAGCAGCAGCAGCAACAGUAGCAGCGGCAGCAACAGCAGCGGCAGCAGCAGCCAUCGUCGUCGACAGCAGCUGGUCAAAGCGGAAGCACUAACAAUGUCAACGCCAACAACAACAAGCAAAUACAAAAUCAAUAGCGAUGCCACAGACAACGCUGCAGCAGCCACACUGCUCUAUCAUCAUCAUCACCACCAUCAUCAUCAUCUGCAUCAGCAACAGCAGCAGCAACUUCAGCAACAACAGCAGCUGCAGCAGCAACAGCAACAACAACAACAGCAGCAACAUCAACUGCAGCAGCAGCAGCAAUUGCUUUUGCAGCAACAGCUGUUGCAGCAACAUGUGGCCAACAGUUCGCCACUGCAACAUCUGAGCAAUUUGUUUGGCCAACAUUUGCCUACACACAGUCUGCAACAUUUGAUCACCGCCGAGUAUUGGCAGCAACAACAGCAACAACAACGUUGCCAGCCGCCAGCAACAUCCACAUUGGCAACAAUUAAAAGCGAGCCAACAACUCAAUCGCCCGUCCCAUCGCCAUCCCCAUCGCCAACAACAAUUACAACAGCAACAACAACAGCAACAGCGAAAACGACGACAGCAACACGCGAAAGCGCUGAGGAUGAUGCAUCUGUGUUCAGUUUCACGCCGCAGCAACACGUCAAUUUUGCCGCCUCAUUAGUCGCAUUACAACAAAAUGAUGCUGCGCCCCAGGCGACAGCAACCGCAACAGCAACAACUGCAGCAGCAGCAGCAGCAACAUCGCCAACAACAGCAACGGCAAGAGCAGCAAUGUCAGCAGCAACAUCGCCGGCGCUAGCCACAAGCGAUGCCAAUGAUGAUGACAACAACAUGCAAAGUGCUGGCGUUGGCAACUUUAAAUUCGAGACGCUGUUGAAGAGUCAACAGAAUGUGGCUAAAAGCGAAGCGUUAACGAGCUGUGAACAGAAUGAGGAGUCACAGGAUAACGAGGAUGUUGACACAAAUAUGCGCGACGUCAGCGCAAAUCACAGACACAGCGACAAGGACAAUGGCAACUCCUUGCUGCAGUCAAGUGAUGAAUUUGUCGAACAGCAACAACAACAACAACAACUGCAACUUGGCAGCAACUGUGCAACGUUGCUGUCGCCUUUCAACUUGAAAACAGAACCCGAACUUUUGCAGCGGGAGGCAGAAGAAGAUGAGCAGGAGGAACAGGAUGAGGAGGAGAAUGAACAGGAGCAAAAGGAAACACAGCAACAGGAGCUGACACUCUUUGAGCACUUCAGCAAUGCCAGUGCCAAGGAUGUGCGCGAUUUGGAGCACUGCUUAAAGCUGCAGGACCAAAACGAUAUCAGUCGUCUGUCGCGUUCGCCAUCGCCGCUGCAAUCGAACGCUUCAGAUUGCGAUGACAACAACUCGAGUGUGGGCACUUCCAGCGAUCGCUGUCGUUCGCCCUUGAGCCCCGCCUUGUUGCUGACACAGCAGCAGGCCAAGCGACAACUGCUGUCGAUGCCACAUCCGGCUCACCACCACAAUCAUCUUCAUCACCAACAGCAACAACAGCAGCUGCACCACAACAACCAUCACAACCAUCAUCAGGUGUACAAAAUGGAGCAGCCCGAUGAGGAUUACGACGAUGCCAAUGGCGGCGCUUUGAACUUGACCAGCGACAAUUCACGUCACAGCACACAAUCGCCCUCGAAUUCGGUGAAAUCAGCGCUUGCUGCAUCGCCGCCCAGCGCUGAGUUGCAUCAUGCGCCGUCGCCGGUGGCGCCAAUGAUCUCGCCUGUGCUGCCGCCCACAGUGGCCACGCCCACACCCACCUCAAUGGCAGCAGCAGCAGCGGCGGCAGCAGCUGUAGCCACCACUGUGGCAAGUGGCAUGCAACCAAUGCUCGCGUUGCCGGGACUCUCUUCGCCUCAGGCACAAUUCGCUGCCGCUGGCUUGGGUCUCAAUAAUCCGCUUUUGGCUGGUUCCAUUUCGCCGCAGGAUUUCGCCCAACUGCAGCAGUUGUUGCAACAGCGUCAAGUGGCAUUGCAACAGCAGUUCAACAGCUACAUGGAACUGCUGCGCAGUGGAUCGUUGGGUUUGGCGCAAGAUGAUCCGGCGUUGAACACUCAAGUGGCAGCCGCACAGUUCCUCAUGCAGAGUCAGUUGCAAGCGUUGGCUCAGGCCACGCAACAGUUGCAGGCGCUGCAGAAGCAACAGCAACGUCAGCAGGAGCAACUCCAAGAGUCGCUCUCCCUCUGCAAGUCGCCGCUGUUGCAACCACGCAGCUCGACGCCUCACGCUCGCAGUCCUCCAGCUGCUAUCGCUGUGGCUGCUGCUGUUCACAGUCCGGCCAGCUCGCCACAUUUGCAUCAUCCUCUGCAGAUAACGCCGCCCAAUUCGGCAACCAGUCUGAAGCUCAGCGGCAUGUUGACUCCUAGCACACCGACAAGUGGCACCCACAAUCACAAUCACAGUCAGAAUUCGAUCACAACGCCGCAGCCCAAGACGGUGGCAAGUGCAGCAGCUGCCCGAGCUGCAGGGGAACCUUCGCCUGAAGAAACCACCGAUCUGGAGGAACUCGAACAGUUUGCCAAGACCUUUAAGCAACGUCGCAUCAAACUGGGUUUCACCCAGGGUGAUGUGGGAUUGGCCAUGGGCAAACUUUAUGGCAAUGACUUUUCGCAGACGACAAUCUCGCGCUUCGAGGCGCUCAAUCUGAGCUUCAAGAACAUGUGCAAACUGAAGCCGUUGCUGCAAAAGUGGCUCGACGAUGCCGAUCGCACCAUCCAAGCCACCGGCGGAGUCUUUGAUCCGGCUGCGUUGCAGGCCACGGUCAGCACUCCAGAGAUCAUUGGCCGUCGUCGCAAGAAGCGCACUUCUAUUGAGACCACAAUUCGUGGUGCUCUCGAGAAGGCUUUCAUGGCCAACCAGAAGCCCACCUCCGAGGAGAUUAGUCAACUGGCUGAUCGCCUCGGCAUGGAGAAGGAAGUGGUGCGUGUUUGGUUCUGCAAUCGCCGGCAGAAGGAGAAACGCAUCAAUCCCUCGCUCGACAGCCCAACGGGUGCCGAUGAUGACGAAUCGUCCUACAUGAUGUCCUAAACAGUUGUGUAGGGAGAGCAAAAGUCGUAGAUUGGGACAUAGACAGUGCAAUGGGCGCAAGGACACAUAAAAAUAGCAGCGCUCAGCUUAAAUAACUACAAGCAGGUUCAAAGUCGCAAACACAUCAAAUAGUAGUUUAAUUCUUCACUAUGAUUCGGUUUCAACAGCCAAUCACACACAACUAGACACACACACACACACAUAUACACCCACAACUACACACACACAACCAUGUGGUUUGUUUAUGUUAACUAUUAUUGGUAUUUAUUGUAUUUAAUUGUAAUGACAGUUUGUAAGAGCAAUGAAAAAGGGGAAAAUUCCAUCAAAAAUUGCUGCUCAAGUGAACCGAAGAACUAGUUCCGCGGUUCACUUGAACACCAACAUUUUAUGGUGCAAAUAAAUUGAAGCAAUCGUCUUGUGUGUGUGUUCGAGCACAAGGCAAGUGCUUUCAAUUUGUAAUUAAAUGUCGCGUGCACUACAUGGCGUAUGAUUAAUGUUUAAGUACAGUCUAACCCAAGACGUCAACAAGAAAAGAGUCAAGUAAAACAGUUUCUAGCGAAUACUUGUAAUUUCACAAACUAAACAAAAAACAAAACUAACAAACAUAUUUUUAACUUUUUCAUAUUAUCAACUUUUAAGCAUAUUUAUUUUCUUCGUGAAUACUGUGAUAAUCAAUUGAAUGAUUUUUAAUUUUAAUUAAAACAAACAAAUUAAUAACAAGCAAAACAAUUAGCAUUACUUUAAAUGUUGUAUGGGCAAGUAACAAAAAAAACACUAAACAAUAUUUUACUUUACACUUAAAUUAACUAAACAAAAAAACACACAUUUGAAUUUAUCAAAAACACAU